CGGAUGAAUGGCUACUGGCCAACACCAUCUGCGAGGAGGAAAAAAUACGAUGGGCCGUGAAUACGUUCUCACCGUUUAAAACUCCAGGACCGGAUGGGAUCGCACCGGCCCUAUUACAAUGGGGACUGGAGGACCUCAUACCGCACCUGAAGAGAAUCUUCCAGGGAUGCCUGGCGCUUCGCUAUGUACCGGGUAGUUGGCGUGACGUCACAGUCAACUUUAUACCAAAACCGGGUGCGCUGCGAUCAACCCCCACCGCGGCCAUGGAAGUCAUGUUAAACUUACCACCACUAAACUUAUACAUUCAGGAAGUGGCGCUGGUAACCAUGCUAAGACUACAAUCAGUAGGAAUUAUGAAAGUUGGGGACGCUGGAUGCAGUUCGACACUCUGGAGGGGAGCCGUUGUCGACAUACCUUUACUCGAGUGUAAAACGGACUACAUACCAGCCGAAUAUGUAUUUUCAAAGAAGUACCUAACCUAUAGCAGUGCCACAGCAGUAGAUACACAUAAAGAUCUUAAGAUCUACACUGAUGGUUCGAGGAGACGGAAUGGUGCAGGCGCUGGGGUCUUUUCUCAUGACCUUCAGAUACGACUCUCUGAACCUUUAGGAACAGGUACCACCGUCAAACAAGCGGAACUAACCGCUAUUAAACUUGCCGCUGACUCUAUUAUUAAUUCCAAGAAGAGGGGUAAGUGUUUUACUAUUUUUACAGACAGUAGACAAUCUGUUUUAGCACUAAGCAGAGUAGUUAUAACCUCUGGGCUAGUUAUGGAUUGUCAUAUGGCAUUGGAAGAGGCCGCGAUACACAAUCGCGUAGCUAUCCAAUGGAUUAAAGGGCAUUCUGGUUGCUCGGGUAACAACCACGCUGACAGGCUGGCCAAAAGAGCCGCCGGUAGAGCGCUUUGUGCACCCGAGCCGAUAAUCACCCCUUCCUUAGCUACUCAUAUUGAAUUGAUUAAGCGCUUCACUCACAAAAAGUUCUUGAACUGGUGGGAUAGAGUUACGGGCUGUCACCUUGCUAAGGAAUUGCUGAAAUAUCCGUCAGCAACAACAGCUCAGUUCUUUGUAGGGCUCGAUAAAUGUGCCCUUCGCAUAGUUACAGGUCUCCUCACGGGGCACUGUAAGGUGAACAAGCACCUCUACAACAUGAAGCUUGUUGAUUCCCCUCUCUGUCGAGCCUGCGAGCAGGACGAUGAGACGGUUAAACACAUCUUGUGUGAUUGCCCCUCUCUGACCGACCUCAGAAUGAGGACCUUUGGAGAGGAAUGGCCGACCACGGAUGGCAUCAGGAACACACCUCCGAGAGACAUCCUAGCCUUUGGAAAAUCCCUUGGCUGGUUGAUGUGACCGGAGGGGGUGCGGGGAGG